UAAAUCAAUCUGGACCAAUGGGAGACGUUCAGCAGGAGGCCUGGCUCACAUCCCGGUACACAGCUUUACCAAGUCAAGCUGAGAGCAGAUACAAGAGGGGGAGCCGCGCAGCAGGCACCAGAUGCAGGGAUUGGUCGGACGCUCCACGUUGCACAAACCUAAACAGCAGCGUAAAGGAGCGCGGACGGACGGACGGCUGGAGGAUGAAGCAGCCGCCGGUGCAUCCUCAUCAUCCCAGCCAGGCGCACGUAGCCCGAGGAGGAGGAGGAGGAAGAGGAGCAGAGGGGGGGGGAUCAAAACAGCUACGUGUGACGGCUGCAUGAGAGGGAGGACGGCGGCGAGACUGUGGAGGGACAUCGAGUGCAGCGCCAGAACAACACGGAGCAGCAAAACCGAGCUGGUCAUGGGUUUGUCCUCUUGCUGAUAUUCUCUUGAAGCUGCAACACACAGACAGACAAAAAAAAAAAAAAAAAAAUACGCGAAAAACACCACCAUGGGUUCCAGACUGAGCCGGCAGAGCAGCCUGGACAAUGAGAAUUUCUCCAAAAAGCGACGCAAGCUUCUGGAUGGCACCGGAGAGAGCGACAGAGGCAGCCGGGCCGGCGGGGACUUUCUGUUCGCCCUCAUGCUGAAAUCAGACAAGCUGCCGGGGAUGCUGCGGAGGACCAACCACAGCCCGUACAUGAGGCGGGUGGCGUGGAUCAAGGAGAUCCAGAAGCUGCUCCGGGACCGCAGGAUCGAGCAGGCGACCGACGUGCUCAGAUCUCUGAGGAAGGAUCUGGGUUUGGAAGGCACCUCUCUCAACGACAUCCUGUACAAGAACGCCGCCUUCCUCAACCUGGUGGACCCGAUCUCCCACGAGCUGCUGCUCAGUCUGGCUCGAGAGAUGCAGUGUCCCAAGAAGGACGCCGACACCAUCAAGUCCUCUGAUAAGAUCUGCAGACAGCUGAUCUACCACCUGACUCCACACUCCAAGUGGCUGAGGCAGAGCAUGUCCAGACGGAAAUCCCAGGCCUGUCUGAAGACAACCCUACAGAAGAAGCUCUCCAGUGACUCAGUCGAUCUAUCCGGCAUCCCCUUGUCCACCCGGGACGUCCGUCAAGUCGCCUUCUACCUCCAGAACAACAGAGACAGCGUGGUGGCUGUAGACAUCAGCUUCACCGAACUCCAGGACGACAACUUGAUGAUCCUCCUGCCUCUCCUCGCCUCGCUGCCCAAACUCAGCACCCUGGCUCUGAACGGCAACCGCCUCACCCUGGCUAUCCUCAAAGACCUCACCGAGAUGCUCAAAGACCCCAAGAUGUUCCCCAACCUGGCCUGGAUCGACCUGGGCAACAACGUGGACAUCUUCACCAUGCCUCAGCCGCUGCUGGUCGCUCUGCGUCGGCGCUGCAGCCUGAAGAGCAGCUUGCCGACGAUCUACGAGUACACCGAGGGUCAGCCCUACUGCUACCACCUGGAGACGUCUAUCGAGGAGCCCAGCCACUACGAGGAGGAAGAGGAGGAGGAGGAAGAGGUGGAGGAUGACGAGGACGACAUGGGGAACAAGUUUGUGCUGGAGCCGUGGGCCUCAGGAGAGAAGCAGCUGUCCAAAGACUUCACCCUCCAGUACUGCGAGAGGUGAUGGGGCCUUCUCUCUGCGAGGCUCUUUCAACCGUGGUUGAAAUGUCGUCCCACGACACUCUGUUACUUCCUUCGCCCUUUCGCCCUCACACCACGAGCCCAGUCACCCUUUGAGGCACGAGGGAGACCGCUGCCCACAUUGUGAACUUCUCGUCCCGACACGGCUAACAAAGCUAACCCUAACCAUCUCUGAGUUAACCCACACAAGACGACGGCGAGGCGACGGUGGACUUACUGUGUUGGUGGAUGGUGCUCUUGGGAACGAGGUGCGGUUUCAUUGGAGGGGGGCUGGAAGAGUCAACGAACCGGUGCUCUCUCUCUCUCUCUCCCCCUCUAUCUCUCUCUCUCUCUCUCUCUCUUUCUCUCUCUCUCCGACAGCUGAAGAGCCAAUCCCAAGGAGAUUCAGAUCAGUUGGUUGGAUGGAGGAGCAGCAUCCCGGCGGUAGCUGAAGUGGAGUUAGUUUGGAAAACAGAGGGACCGUGUGGGUUCUCUACCAGGACUGAGACUCUCUCUGGCAGGCAGGGCCUAGCUCCACAUUGUGUGUUCUCUGUUAAUCUCUCAACAAAAGCUAUGACACAAGUUCAACAGACUAUACAGCCGACGACCCGUCACGUGACGCCGGCAAAACUGCUAGGUCAAGACUUUUUGCGUUUUCCCCCCCUUUCCAAAUGUCCACUUGUGAAUGCCCACGCUGCCCCUGUGUAGAUGUAAAUGAGGACACAAAACACGGCUCUGUUGUCCAUUUUUGUGCACUUUUGGUGAACAAAGCAAUCUUAGAAGACAACAGGUAGGACUCAACAAUGGGUAGCUGUCACUGAUUGUUGUUGAACUUGCCUAAAUGCUGGUUUUCACCUCUCUUUGUAAUUACUGAGCUGUUGUAGUCGUCACCACAGUGUUUCAGUGUAUUUACGACACUACAGCCGACUCGUCUGAGCGGUCGUCCCACUGCCGUUUGUCUCCACAGAUGUGUUGUCGUCUCCAUUUAUCGAUGUGGAUGCCACGACUGUUACCGGUCGGUUAGAGUCCGUCUGCUGUAGCACAUAAUGAUCAAGUUAGACCGACCGAAACACUGCAGUGCACUUUAAGGCCACUAGAUUUUUAUAUUUCAGUUUGUCCACACCUCAGACGCUCUGUGUGCAUCGUUUAUAACCACUUACUGACAGAAGUGAAGCUGAAUGCAGCUUUACACUGAGGUCCUUGUAAUGAGUGUUAAUUAAUAUGUUAAGACCCUUUUAGGUUGGAUCAGAUGGUUAUUAACAUCAAUAAGACUUUAUAAGUGUUAAUAAUAGUAUAAUAAAAUGCUUAUUGUCAAUUAUAAGACCUGUAUGAGCACUUAACAGUUUUUAGAUGCUUAAACAUUAUUAAAAGCUUUUUGUAAUUUUUUUAUAACAGCAUACCAACAUUUAUUGAGUUUAACUGACUUAACUUUUAUGUUGUUAUUAAUGGUUUUCCGUUGCGUUAUUACGAUUAAUAUGUGCUUUAUUAUGCACCUAUUAACAGUUAAAUAACCUUUUUUGCAGCAAUGGGACCCAAAGUGAGAACACUGCCUAAUUAAAGUUGUUAAAUUCUCUAUUAUUUACAACUUUCACUAAUAUUAGAAUUAUUGGCUUUUGUUUUUAGUACAACAGAUUUAAAAACCCUGACAAGUCGUCGACUUUGCAUCAGAUCCGUAGCUGCACUGAACUGCUAACAAAUGCAUAAUGAAGUAUGUUUGAUCGAACUAAAAAGCAGGAAUCUGUCUGUUUGUACUUCAUAUAUCUUGAGAACCGAUCAUCCGAAUUAAUUCAAACUUUGCAGGUUUGUUGCCGACAGCUGAAGGAGGUGCAGUGUAGAAUUGUUGCAUUUUUGACUCCUGACAUUUUCGAUAUCAAUACACUGUGAAUUAUCAGCAAACUAGGCUUGAUGCAGCUGCAGGGGCGUGGCUUCAACACCUUGAAGUCAUCUAUUGGGGAAGCAGACAUAAACAAAAUAGAAAUCAGAGUAGUGCAACAACUGGUGCGGGAAACUGUAGUGUGCUAGCUAACGUUAGCCUCCAGAGUUUCAACAAGCUACUCCAGGAUUCCUCAGAAAGCACAGAUGUAUUUAUCCAGAUUCCAAAUAUCAAACGUAUUUAAUAUCAUCUGUGAGCAGUUCAGGAGGCUGAGACUGGAUCUGUGAACUGCUCACGUUACCGUGACAAACACCAGUAACGCCGGUGUUACAGUUAUCUAUCUUUACCAACACAAUACAUCCGUUCGUUAAGUCCCUGCUGUUCUAUAUAACCACUAACUCUACUAUGACAUUCACUGCCGCCAAUACAAAGAAAACAGCAUCCGAACACAAACUGCCCAGCAGACUCUGAUCACACUGUACAAUCAGGCAGAGCGGAUCAAAUACGAAUCAACGUUUUGUUGCUGCAGAGCACCGCGACGCUGCAUCUGUCACGUCACAUGUCUGAUUAAUGUUAUUAAGCAUUUAUACAGACUCAUAAGAGCCUUAUAACACAUUAACUAACGCGUAUCACAAGGACCUUGAUGCAAAGCGUCACCGAUGGUUACCUCUUUAAGAUAAAUGAUGACCAAACGGCUCAUGAUUGUUAGAAGGCUCAUUUAAAACCAACGUACCUGCGUCACCUGAUAUAUAAUCAAUGUUUAAGUGUGUGUUUUAACGUGUUUGUGACAGUAAAACGUCUGAUUACUGCUGUAAUUAUUUGUUUUUGGUGUUUUGUCAUUUUGUCCAGUUGUGUGAUUAUAAUAACGACUGUAAUGAAACCGAGCGCGGUGGCCUCCCUGCGUGGAGCGCGAGCAGUAAACAAGAAGGGACGUGACCCAUGAGAUUACACAAUAACAACAGGAAGUAGUUGAGUCAGUGUACAAACACCUUUAAUGUCAGACGUUUGACCCGAGUGACGGAGAGCACUGUCCCUUUGGUUCGUAGAUUCUGUUCCGUGUGUCGAUGUCCUCGUAGUCCUCGUGUACUCGUCUCAUGCCAAACUCUGACUGCCAAUAAAAGAACCAAACUGAGGAGUGCUGCGUGUUUUAUUUUGGAGUGCUGCAAACAUCUGGGUCAGGAGCAGAACCCGGAGCUGCUCACACUAUCAGAUUUAUUUAUGCUGAUUAAUCUGUAGAAAUGGGUCGAUAAAAGCGGCCGGCUCGGCCCGUGCUGUUCAGGAUUGCUCGCUGGAGAGUCGCUGGCUUG